AUGGCGAACCAUAUGGCCAAUGGCCACAGUAAUGGCAUACACUCUGGCACGACGCUGGACAAACUCCCCAAGUCGAACGUCUUCACAUCGAACUUGCCACCAGACUCGCAAUACCCGACCCCAGAAGCGUCACAUGCUGCUCCGCGAGAGAGGCUGGGCCCGCGAAUGGUGAAGGAAGCAUUGUAUACCUACGUCCGUCCCGAGCCUACAGAAGAGCCAGAACUGCUCGCUGUCAGCAAGCGGGCGCUGAAGGAUCUUGGCCUCUCUGAAUCAGAAGCGAGCUCAGACCUUCUCAAAGAGGUCGUUGCGGGCAACAAGGUCUUCUGGGACGAGAAAAAUGGCGGCGUAUAUCCAUGGGCGCAGUGCUAUGGCGGCUUCCAAUUCGGGUCCUGGGCUGGCCAACUGGGUGAUGGCCGUGCUAUUUCCCUGUUCGAAGGCACAAACCCAGACACUGGCGUCCGGUAUGAAUGGCAGCUGAAGGGUGCGGGCAAGACACCGUAUAGCCGCUUCGCAGAUGGCAAGGCAGUGUUGAGGUCGAGUAUCCGGGAAUUUGUCGUCUCAGAAUACCUCAACGCGUUGGGAAUACCCACGACGCGCGCUCUGUCACUCACAUUAUGUCCGAAGUCUCAGGUCUCUCGUGAACGUGUCGAACCUGGCGCAAUCGUUUGCCGCUUCGCGCAGUCGUGGCUCAGGUUCGGGACGUUUGAUUUGAUGCGGUCGAGAGGCGACCGCGGUCUGAUUCGGAGGACUGCCACUUACGUUGCGGAACAAGCCUUUGGUGGAUGGGACAAACUCCCGGCACGCGUCGAGAUCAAAGAAGGCGGAUCAGCCACAUAG